CUUGCUCUCAAAUCUUCAUCUGGAAAGAUGCAGAUGCAGCCACACGCGCCAAAAGAACGAAAGAGCUCCCACGCCGGACGCCAAUAUUGCCAGCGUUCUCGAAGAUGCCGUUAUCUCGGCGAACACCAACAGGAGCAGGAAGAAGAACUAGAGCAGCAAAGAAAGAGAGCACCUGAGAACCUCUCGAUCCAUACACGACCCAUCCGCGCCGUCAACCCCCCGUGACACGAUGUCUCUUGAUCAUAGGAUCAAGUGUAACUAUCUAACUUGCCGCAAGGAGCUCACAGAUCGUGCCGUCGUGACGACAUGCAGCCAUAUCUACUGUAUAGAGUGUGCCGAGCUGCUUAGGCUGGUCUCGGAGCCCUUUGGAAGCUGUCCGGCUUGCGAAGGCAGUCUACCAGCGGGCACGAGUCCUCAAGCUACCUCCAUCGUCCAUCUCAAUCCUUCCGAUGAGUUCAAGUCGACUGUGCUCAGUGGCCUUGCUCCGAACGACAUCAUCGAAUGUGCCGGUCGAGCUUUGAGCUUUUGGGGCUACCAAACUACCCAGGAGAUCGCCUAUCAGAGGUAUGUCGAGAAGACCUUGAGCGAGACCUGCAGACGGCUCGAGAGCGACCUAAGAAGCACGGUUGAACGUGCCAAUACGGAAAUAGAAAACUUGCAGAACCAAGACCUCGGCCGAGCAUACAAGGAAAAGAGCCAUAAACUUUUGGAGACCCAGGAGUUGUUUGACCGGACUAAGAGAGAAGCCGAACUGCGCCAAAUACAAGCUGCGGCAUGCGGUGAUGCUAGAUCUCACGGUUCUCACCACCAUGGCCCGGUCUUCCAGGGCACCCGAACCGGAUUGGCCCCGGGCUUGUUUGAGCAGCAGGCACCACAGGUACAGCAGGCACAGCAAAGCCUAGCGGCGGAACCACCUCGUUUCGACGAGAAUAUGCGUCGAGGUCUCGACGCCACGAACCAGCGCUUGGCACACGCCCGUGGGUUGUCGCCGCGCUACUCCAUCAAUGCAGCUGUGUAUGGGAGAGGUCCUGUUCCAUCACGAGGGUUGGGCGCGACACCGGGAGCACGGAGUGCCAAUAUGUCAAGCAUCGGCGUGCUCCCCAAGCAGGUGCAUGGACCGAGUCGCGUGCAGCCAGACAGCCUGGCGACGAGAACACAGGUGCAUCAUCACAACUACGCCUCAACAGCCGCGGGUCCCACGUCCAUUAGACCCGGGUAUGGAGAGGAGCAUUUGCCCGGUCCUUCAGCUAUGGCAAUUCCGCACAUGGAUGCAGAACGCCGAAUCCUUCCGACAUCGACUUUUGGCCGAAAGGCAACCAUAUAA